AUGGCGAGCUCGAUUGGACUUAGAUCUGGCCCAGCCUCUAGCCUCACUGGACUUCUUCCGGGGAGACCGGCUCCAGUGCCCAUAUUUGCUGCCCGCUUCUCUCCUAAUAGCCAGCUUGUCAUUGAUGAGGGUCGCCAGCGUUCUCCGAUAGAUGCCGAACCCGACGUAUCUCACCGAACGAUGUACGGUGCAGUCGUGGCGAGCUGGGGACUACAUGCGGCGCUAGUCGCGGAUAGUGAUACUGUUGAGUAUCGCCAAUUCGGAUCCGAGCGGUUCAAGAUGGCGGCGAAGGAGCUCCUCUACCCAUCGGACGGUACAGAUCCGCACCGCUUUCAGGGCAAGAUCACCUUGGCUAUAAAGAACAGCCAGACCGGGGAUCUUAACCAACAGCCAAUGAAGGACAACGAGCAUAUGUAUGUACUCGCAACUCUUGUUCCUAGGCUAGAGAAGGAGUUCCUGAUUUCGCCUGAUUCGGAACCCCUCGGCGGACAAAUGAGGCUCUUGCGUUUCGGUCCCCUACCUGCGGAAGAGGCGAUGCGCCUCAUGACCUUGGCUUACCAAGGAGGUCAGCAUGUGCGCGAAGCGACCGUCACAUAUAUCGAGGUGGAGCGCGUACGAAUCGAUUUCCACGAACAUCAUGAACGAUGGAGGCGAGUUUGUAUCGACGGGAAGAUUGUAGCAGUCGAGGAAGGCGGUUGGAUGGAGCUUCACAAGGAGUCUCGUCAGCUGUUGAAUUUGAUCAAGUCGUGA